GAGCCCCGCGAUGUCCAGGAGGAAGCAGAGCAACCCCCGGCAGAUCAAACACACCUUUGGUGAAAUGGAGGAGGGAGGCGAAGCGCCUUUGGAAGACAGAAGCCACUUGGAGAGAGAGGGCAGCGCCUCGGACCGCGAGGGCUCCGUGGAGGGCGACUCAUCCAGUUCCCCUUGCAGCGAAGAGGCGGAGCCCAAAGAGAAUUCAGCCAGUCCGAAGGAGCCCGAUAAGCAAGAAAUCCCAGAAGAAUCCCAGGAGCCGGAUCCGUGGAACGGGCCAGGUGAGCUGGAGCUGACAGUGUCUGAGGACGAGAGCAAAGUCUUUGCCAGGCAGAACGUGCCGGAGGGCCUGUCCUGGGGUCCCUACCAGGGGAACAUUCACACUGAACCUGCCCCUUCUCCAGGGCAAGGCGAGACGCUGAACCCACCUGUGACCCUGAUGUUAGAAGAUGAGAAUUGCUGGAUCUCCAAGCUGCCUUUGGUUUCCGGAGAAGGAGAAGCGAACGUGGUGGUGUAUAAAAAGGAUGAGUCCAUCUGCUGCAAGACCACCAAGGCCAUCCCGGAAGGAGAGUCCUUGAAGGCGUUCGUCAUGGCGGAGCCGAUGGGCAUCCCCAGCCACGCGGUGAAAUCGGAGCCCGGAGGUCCGGCGGUGCUGCCCUCUGAAAUCCAGCUCCUGCCCCAGCAAGCGGGCAUGGCCGCCAUCCUGGCCACAGCCAUCGUAAACAAGGAUGUCUUUCCUUGCAAAGACUGCGGCAUUUGGUACCGCAGCGAGCGGAACCUACAGGCUCAUCUCAUGUACUACUGCGCCAGCCGCCAGAACGUUGCGUCCCCUGCGGUCGACGAGAAGCCCAAGGAGGCCUACCCCAACGAGCGAGUCUGCCCCUUCCCUCAGUGCAAGAAGAGCUGUCCCAGUGCCAGCUCCUUGGAGAUCCACAUGCGCAGCCACAGUGGAGAGAGGCCUUUUGUCUGCCUGAUCUGCUUCUCCGCCUUCACCACAAAAGCCAAUUGUGAGCGUCACCUGAAGGUUCACACAGACACCCUGAAUGGUAUUUGCCACAGCUGCGGCUUCAUCUCCACCACCCGAGACAUCCUCUACAGCCACCUGGUGACCAAUCAUAUGAUUUGCCAGCCAGGCUCCAAGGGGGAGGUCUAUUCUCCGGGCUCCUCAGUCCCUGCCACAAAAACACUCACCCCAGGUCUGAGCACGCCGGGCCCUGCCUCCACGCUCAAGUGCAGCUUCUGCGGCUACGUGGCGGACAGCUUGCCCAGCCUUCAGCAGCAUGUGGUUUUGCACAGUGCCGCAGCAGCAGCGGUUCUGCCCAGCUCAGAGCCCAAAGCAGCCCCAAACCAGCCGGAGACUUCCGCCAAGUCAGUAAAGACACCCCCUGCUGAGGAAGCAGAGGAUAGCUCCCCUCAACAAGAAAGAAGUUCCUUGACCCCCUCGAACGAUGCGGCACCUUUAGUGCGGGUUAAGGAGGAGCCUCCAGAUGAAGCAGAAGGCCCCAAACAUAUCUCCCCAGCGGGCUCAGCUACCGCUGCUGAGGCAGAACCAGACGCCUCCUCUCGGACAUCUUCUCCGCAUAGCCUGCGGUCUGUGAAGGUGAAGUCCGAGAUGGCCAGCCCCACUCCAGGGUCCAGCCCGGUGCCCAGCGAGCCAGGCUCGGGCACAUCCGGGGGCACGAUAUUCCUGCCACAGUACGUGUUCGGCCAUGAGGCCACCGUGGUCCCUCAGGCGUCAGAGAUCUUGGCAAAGAUGUCGGAACUGGUGCACAGCCGUCUGAAGCAGGGCCAUGGCAGCGUGCCUCCCGCCCUCUUCCCGGGCACCCCGGUGCCCAAGGGCGCCACGUGCUUCGAGUGCGAGAUAACCUUCAACAACAUCAACAACUACUAUGUCCACAAGCGGCUGUAUUGCUCCAGCCGCCGCGUGGCAGAGGAGAGCUCGCCUGGCCCCCGCAAGCUGAAAGCUGCCCCGCUGUCCGCCCCAAAAGGCCCCCCCACUCCAGGGGUGCUCCUGACGCCCCAGGCCCCCGGAGAGAGUCAGGUGAUGCAGGAGGGAGAGGCUGGGGGAGGCAGCCCUCCCUCCCUCCCAGAGAUCAAGCAAGAGGUCAAGGUAGAGGAGGGCGGGGCCAAAGCAAGCCCCUCCCCAGAGGCCGAUGGUACUGGGCGUAUGAGUGAAGACAGCCAGAGCCCCGGGGGCAGCUCUGUGGAGGAGCCCGACGAUGACCCCAGCCGAACCGUGUGCGAAGCCUGCAACAUCCGCUUCAGCCGCCACGAGACAUACGUUGUGCACAAACGCUACUACUGCGCCUCCCGCCACGACCCGCCCCUACGCCGCAGCGGCACCGCCGGCAAAGUGCCCUUCCUGCCGCAGCCAAUCCGCACUCGGAAGCGGCGCAAGCUGUACGAGAUCCACGGGGCCGCCAGCCAGCCCAGCAGCACGCUGGACGUCCCGCGCCCCGAGGUGCCCCCCGCGGUCCCGGCCCUCAUUUCCGUGGUCAAGAGCACCCCCUCGCCUAGCUCCAGCCCCGACGCUGAGGGACCGAUUGACCUCAGCAAGAAGCCACGCCUGCAUGGCGGGGAGGCGCUGCCGGCCCCGAUCCUGCCCCUGGCGGACUACCACGAGUGCACGGCCUGCCGCAUCAGCUUCCACAGCCUGGACAGCUACCUGGCCCACAAGAAAUACUACUGCCCAGCCACCCCGUUGCAGCCCAGCACGCUGGAGCAGCUGCAGAAAAUCAAGGGGGCCGUCCCCCCCCUUCUGAAACCACGAGGCAGCCCCGACCGGCUGAACGAGGAGCACGAAGGGGUACCGGUCAAGAUGGAGAAAACGGCGACUUCCUUGAGCUCCGUGGGCCCCCCGGCCCCCUAUCCUGGCCUGGACUCGCUGCAGCAGCGCUACCUGGAUGCCAAAGCCCUUCACCUCCACGCCGCCAAGGUGUCCCUGGCCGUGUGCCCCUACUGCCCGCUGAACGGGGCUAUCAAAGGGGACCUGGCGGAGCACUUCCGCAAUGCCCACGGCCUCUUUGUUGCCAAAACCGUGCCCGGGGCCACGUUGAUAGAGGCCACGCGGACGCUGGCCGAGAGCAGCUUGCUCCCCCCGCUUCCCGCCGCCUCCCCGCCGCAGCCCCUCCCCCGGUUGCACAAGGACAGCUUCAACGGCAAUGAGGCGCCCGUCCCUUCAGUGUCCAACGGGAGCCCCCGGCCGACCCUCUCCCCCCAGCCCGGCCUUCCCGUCUCCCCUUCCCUCCCCUUGACCGCCUCCCCCCUGCCAGAGGCCCCUCCCCGCACCCCUCCCGGGUACACGGACAAGAGCGUGCAGACCCCGCCCGGCAAAGGGCCCCCCACCCCCGUCGCCAACGGCAACCACCGGUACUGUCGCCUCUGCAACAUCAAGUUCAGCAGCCUGUCGACUUUCAUCGCCCACAAGAAGUAUUACUGUUCUUCACACGCUGCCGAACACAUCAAAUAGCACUUU